AUGGGAGCCCUCGAAGACCUCGUCGCGUCGCAUCUCGGGGGUUUCAGCCCCGAGGGCGGCGUUCACCUCCCAAACACGCCCGGAUACGACGCGUGCCUGCUCUCCGCGGGCGCGGCCAAUUACGCGUGCCUCCACGAGCGAAGGCGACCUCCGGUGGCGCUCCAGCCCGCGCGCGAGAGCGACGUCGUGCUGGCGGUUCGCUUCGUCACCGCGGGGAUCGAGCGCGGUCUCUGGCCCGAGGGAGGGAGGGUGGACGGGUCCCCGGACGGGGGCGACGGCGUGCCCCUCACGCUGUGCGGCGGAGGGCACUCCGAGCUGUGCGUGCGCCACGGCGCGGUCCUCAUCCACUUCGGCCGGAUGGCUUCCGUGUCGUGCGACCCGGCGGCGGGGACGGUGACGAUCGCCCCGGGCGCGCUCCUCGGGGCGAUGAACGAGGCCGCGCAAAAUCACGGCCUCGCGGUGCCCACCGGAGUCUUCGCGGGCGUCGGCGUGGGAUCGAUCCUGGCGGGAGGCAUCGGACGCCUCGCGCGCGCCCGGGGGCUCUCCGUCCACAGCGUCGUCGCCAUGCGAGUCGUCACCGCCGACGGCGAAAUCCACGUCCUGGGCGAGGGCACGCACAUGGACGGGCUCGCGAGGGACAUGUGGUGGGGAUGUCGCGGCGCCGCCGCCGCGCUCGGCGUCGUCACCAGCGUCACGCUCAGAGCCGCGCCCAUCGCGCCCACCGUCUCCCACGGCCGACGGAUCUACCCGACCUUCGCCGACGCCCCCGACGCCGCCGCGCGCCUACGACGAAUCGAAACGAUCGCCCGCGCGCUUCCCGAGGCGACGCAGGUGGACGUGUGCGUGACCCGAGCGGCGGGCGGCGGCGGCGGCGGGGUCAGGAUCGGCGUGUUUCCCUGCGCGACGGACGGCGGCGACGUCCCCGCCGACGUAGUCGCGAGCCUCGAGUUGACGCCCCGGCACGUGACGCGUUCGAGGUACUGCGACGUUCCCUACCACAGCAUGCUUCCGGAUGACGAGUUGGACGACGAGUCGGCACCCGGGGACGACGAGUCGGCACCCGGGGACGACGGGACGCCGUCCCAGGCGACUCCCGGGAUGUUCUCCUACGUGCGCCAGUGGUUUGUGGAUGAGCUCGGCGAGAUCGGCGCCGCCGCCGUCGCCGCCGCCGCCGCCGCCGCGCCCACCGACGACUCGCUCGUCAUGAUGCAGCACGCGGGAGGCGCGGUGCGGCGGGGCGGGAGGCCCGCGGACGACGACGACGCCCCCGCCGACGACGAUCUCUCGUUUCCGCAUCGUCAGUGGGAGUGGAGCGUGGUGAUCAUCGCGCUGUGGACGGACCCGAGUUCGCGCGCGCGGACGACGGCGGAGGCUUGGGCCGACGACGCCUUCGAGUCGCUCAGGGGAUGCGGGGUGGGGUGCUACGCGGUGGACAUCGACAGGUUCCGACGGUCGGGGGCUGACGCGGAGGAGGAGGUGAAGCUCGCGUUUGGCGAGGUCAACGCGGCGCGGCUGAGGGAGCUGAAGCGGCGGGUCGACCCGAUGAACGUCUUUGCCGCGGCGGUUCCGCUGUGA